AUGAACUACGACGCAAUCGGGUCAACAACCAAGCAGGAAGGAGAAUCAGGGAGCGCAGGGGGGGGAGACUCAGGGGAGGCGCAGGCGCAUCCCCCGCGGGGGGAGGUGUGCAUUCGCGGGCCGAUUCUGUUCUCGGGGUAUUACAAGAGGGAAGAUUUGACCAAGGAGGCGGUGGAUGGGGAGGGGUGGUUCCACACGGGUGACAUCGGCGAGUGGCAGGCGGAUGGAUCGAUGAAGAUUAUUGACAGGAAGAAGAAUAUUUUCAAGCUGGCUCAGGGGGAGUAUGUUGCUGUGGAGAAUCUUGAGAAUGCGGAUGGGGCGAUGAAGAUCAUUGAUCGGAAGAAGGACAUUUUCAAGUUGGCGCAAGGGGAGUAUGUGGCUGUGGAGAACGUGUUUGGCAACUGCUCGGCAAUCGACAUGCCAACUCUGAUCGGGCUAAGGGGGCGGGUGUGGAGGGGGACUAUGCUGCCCUGUCUUACACCUUCACUCCCUGUCCCCCUCUCCCACCCUUUCCCCCCCUGCUCGUCCUGCUCUCUCAAUCUUCAGGUGUGGGUGUAUGGCAACAGCUUCGAGGCAGUGCUGGUGGCGGUGGUGGUGCCAAACAAGCCAAUGCUGCUCGAGUGGGCCAAGGGGGCUGGCGUGGAGGGGGACUAUGCUGCCUGCACUGUGCGCCCAUCUACCACUCCUUCACUCUCACCCCUCUCCUGCUCUCUUACCCACUCAUGUCAACACUUGCAGGUGUGGGUGUAUGGCAACAGCUUCGAGGCGGUGCUGGUGGCGGUGGUGGUGCCAAACAAGCCGACUCUUCUCGAGUGGGCCAAGGGGGCGGGUGUGGAGGGGGACUAUGCUGCUCUCUGCGCCACUGAGGAGGCGAAGAAGUUUAUUCUUGGGCAGCUGACCGAAACGGGAAAGAAGGGCAAGGGAUCUGCUCACCCCAUCGCUGCUCUUCCCCGCCUUCCUUUCUCCGUGGCCCGUGUAUCCCUGUGCCCGGUCGCUCUCCCCUGUCACCAGCUGAAGGGCUUUGAGAUGGUGAAGGCGGUGCAUCUGGAGUCACAGCCCUUCGACAUGGAGAGGGACCUGCUCACGCCCACGUUCAAGAAGAAGCGCCCGCAGCUGCUCAAGUACUACCAGAAGAAGCGCCCGCAGCUGCUCAAGUACUACCAGGUGGGUUCAGUGGUCAGUAAGUCCUUCGACAUGGAGAGGGAUCUGCUCACGCCCACAUUCAACAAGAAGCGCCCGCAGCUGCUCAAAGGGGGAGGAGCUACGCGGAGAAGUGAUAGUGUGGCGAGUGAAACGCGGUCGGGCGAUGGAGGUGCGGCGGAUAGCGCAAGUCGCGGUAGCACGACCGGCACGACCGGCGCACCCGUCGCGGCAGUACAGGAGCUGGGUGCUCGAAGCCAUGAUACCGCGGUUCAGAGCGGUGCUGAGAGGUGCAUUGAGGCGGCGUUAGCGGACGAUUUGUUAAAUAGCGCAGGUGCGGCGGAUAGCGCAAGCCGAGGCGACACGGCUGUGACGGCAGCUCAGGGGUCUCAAGCGGUCCAGAGCGGUGCUGGGGGGUGCAUCGAAGGGGUUGCGGCGGAUAGCGCAAGCCGUGGCGGCACGGCCGUGACGGUAGCUCAUGGGUCUCGAGACCAUCAUACCACGGCGGUUCAGAACGGUGCUGAGGGAUGCAAGGGGGAGGGGGAAGAUGAGGGCAGGGAGGCGGAGAGCGCAGGCGGGGCAGAGCAGAGUUUACCGGACGGGGAAGCGCCUUCCGCGGGGGUUACUCCCGGACGAGGCGCAGUGGCGGAGGGUUCAGGGGAGAGACUGGGGGAAGGAUUGGCGGAGGAUUUGGCGGAGCGGAUCCGCGCGCUGGUGGACGUGGCGGACAUGGGCGCAGUGCGGGAGGCGCAAGGGGAGAGGUGA